AUGAAUAUCGUACACGUCCCCCAGAAGACCCCAGUGUCACCCGACACCCCCUCCUUCGGAGUCGAAUUCGAAUUCCUCAUCGCAGUUCUCGCUAAACCCAGCAUCGAAAACCCCAACCCCUCGGAUCCACGAACCGUCUACUUCCCCUCCACCCCCGAAGACCACGCACCCGCCUACUUCUGCAUCCCCGCUGGAAAAGAAGACUGGGCCAACGAAUGGUCCAUCUACGCCCACAUCAAACGCAGUCUCGCCUCGAUCGGUCUCCCCACCGAACCCGGAAAAGCCAAUUCCAAUUUCGCCAUGUGGGAAAUCACUCGAGAUGGUUCCAUCAAGCCCUCCAAACCUCCUCAUCGCCGCAACAAAAAAGCCUACGCCGAUUGGCAAGCUUACACCUAUUACCCCAUCGAAAUCCGCACGCCCGCUUACUACUACAGCGAAGAUGCCCUCCGCGACAUUGCCGAUUUCUGUAAAAUCAUGCGCAAAAACUAUCUCGUCACCGUUAACGAAUCAUGCGGUCUACACGUCCAUAUCGGCUACGGAACGCAGGGAUAUGCUCUCCCGCAUCUUCGUCGUUUGGGCGCUAUGAUCCAGGCUUUCGAACCGCAAUUCGAAUCGAUUCAUCCGGAAUAUCGUAUCGAUUCCCGUAACGAUCAUUGUGUUUCGUUCCGCGAAAAUACGUAUUUCCAGUGGAAAUAUAAGCAGGAUCAUGGAAGAUCUCCGCGCGUGCUGGAAACUAUCGCGACGAUAUUGGCGUGCGAAAGUAGAGAUGCUUUUCGUACGUGUGUGACGGCCGCGGGCGCACAUCCGUACGUGGGAUACAAAACGGCGUGGAAUUUUGAUCGUAUGGGGACGGAGACUAGACCGCACGAUAGGUGUUUACCUGAUACGAUUGAGUUUCGGGGACAUGAGGGAUCGUUGGAUGCGGAGGCGGUGGGGAACUGGGUGAGGGUUUUGGUUGGGGUUGUGGAGCACUCGAGGAGUGCUGAACCUUGGAGCUUUGGAGAGUUGCUUUCGAGAGUCAAGGAGGAGAGGUGGGUGAAGGGGGAGAGAGAUCAGAGAGUUACUGGGAGCGGUAGGUAUGAGCCCGGUGGGGUUAUGUAUAGACCUGUUUUUGGAGAGGAGUGGUGCGGCUUGGUUGAUUUACUGAGAGUUUUGAAACUGGAUGGUCCGGCGCUCUACUAUGAGAAUAGAAAAGGUAGGUGGUUGGAAAAUGGAGUUUAUCAUCAUUGGUAUACGCAGGCUCCGAAUGAGUAUGUUGUUAUACCUGUUGAUGAUGAUGAUGAUGAUAACGGAGGAGAUGAUAAAUCUUCUUCACCUUCAACAAAAUCAUCCUCGGGCUCUAAAUCCGGUCGUUUCGAUCCUUUCAAUCCUAAUCCUGUCGUUCCUGCGCAACCGGAUGAGAAUCCUGAAGAGGAGAGAGCUGAAGGUCAGACAACUCCGGUUGAUCUAUCACAAUUCGGUAUUAAUGUCGGAUUUUUAGAUCCUUCGAAAAAGGUAAGUCUUCCCCCUCCCCAAACCCACCCCUCAUCGGCAAAACCAUCUAGCAAAAAAUCGGAUUCCCCAGAUUCCUUCCCUGUGCGUCCGAAUGCUGGAGUAACUAUCGAGAUACAUCCCCCGGCUUCUGAUGUUUCUUCCGAGACACCAGAUAUCACAGUACCAGUCGUAGCACCAAAUACCGAUACCUUAGAUCCUAGACCUACUCCUACCGCACGCCCCGAAUUCCAAGUCCCUUCUUCCUCAUCCUCUUCAACUACUGAUUCUAGCACCGAAUCGGUUUCCCUCACCUUAUCUCACUAUGAACGCGAAGACGCCAAGGCACGCGCGGUCAUGGCGAAAUAUUGGAAGGAAGAACAAAAGCGCGAACAAGAGGGGAAAGAAGCCGAAGCAGAGAAGAAAACACGAGCCGUUGCGGAACAAACAGAAAAAAACAGAAAAAAGAGUAGUAUGGAUCUCGGAAGCGAGAGAGCCUUUAGCGUGCGAAGCGCAGGCUCAAUACCCCAGUUCGAGGACUUGGGAGCGCAGGAUGAAGAAGUUUGGCAGCCGGAAGGAUGGAGAAAUGUAGAUGGAGACGAGGCGAGCGAAGAAACGAAAGUUUUUCAAGAAGAAAGAAAACGGGUUGAAGAGCAAGAACGUCUGGAAGAAACCAUCCGUAAUCUCAGACCGGGGAUCGGAUAUCUCAGACCCGUUCGUCAUCCUCCUCUUCCUUCUCUUCCCGGCCCGGUAAAAUAUACUUCUCGCGAUAAGAAUCAACAUUCGCAUCUCCUUCAAGGCACUACCCCCGAAGAAAUCGCAGCCCUCGCCCCCAACACAUCCAAUUUCCUCGGACGACCCUUCCACCGCCGCUUCCGCGCGCCCUCGACCCCCUGGCUCGAGAAUGCACCUCCAGGCUCCAGCCUCAAUCCCAAACGCAACCCAUACCCAGGCCCCGCCCCCGUCGUCAAGGAAUACCAUGCCAUCGCGCUCGCGGACGCACUCACCAGCACCAUCGGCGAGCCCUGGACCGAAGACCACGAACUACGCACUCGCUCGCAAGGGCUCGCGCGCAUGCUGCGCGGCCACCAACUCUCCGAAGUAUCACCAACCAUCAGGAAACGUCUCAUCGGGCACAAUUACGUCGUCGAACAUCGCACCCGCGCGAGGGAAAUCCACGCGUUAUUCCCCGCGCGCGCGCACAAUGUGCAGGGCUUUGAAGAUGCGGAGGAUAGGUGGUGGAGGAAUCAGAUUGCGGAGGGGGAGAUAGUGAAGCUGGAACGACAGGCUGCGAGUAUGGAUGAGGAGGUUGCGUUGACGGCGUUGGAAACGCUGGCGGCGUGGCGGAGAGGUGAUAGACAGUAUUUGUAUGAGCCGGUGGGUGUGCAGAAUCCGUUUUUGGGAGCCCCGAGAACGCAGCCCCAGGCGGAAGAGGAGAUUAGUCCUGGAACGGUGGUUUUUGGUCCGGAGACGGAUCCGAAUGCGAGACGGGUGAUUAGAGAUCCGAGGGUGGAGGAGAGGAGGGUGUUUAGAGAGACUUUUUCGCUGGAUAUGAGGGCGCAGCAGGAGUUGGAGGAGCAGGAGGAGAGGGAGGUGGAGGAAGAGGUGGAGAGGAUUGAGAAGGAGAAGAAGAGGAGGAUGGAGAUGGCUCUUGCGCAGAUUUUGAGGAUGAGAGAGGAGGCUGCGGGGAAUGAAGAAGAAGGAGAAGAGGAAGAGGAGGAGGAAGAGGAAGAGGAAGAGGAUGAGGAAGAGAAGGAGAAGAAGAGGAGGAUUAAGGUGGCUUUCGCGCAGUUCUUGAAAACGAGAGCGGAGGCUGCAGAGAAGGAUGGGGACGAGGAAGAAGAAGAAGAAGAGGAAGAAGAGGAAGAAGAGGAAGAAGAGGAAGAAGAGGAAGAAGAGGAAGAAGAGGAAGAAGAGGAAGAAGAGGAAGAAGAGGAAGAAGAGGAAGAAGAGGAAGAAGAGGAAGAAGAGGAAGAAGAGGAAGAAGAGGAAGAAGAGGAAGAAGAGGAAGAAGAGGAAGAUACAACUACAGCGGCGCCGGAGCCGGACAAUAGUUGGCAGAGGGGUGAUGAGGGGGGAUUUGGAACGGUUUAG